GAUCCGCGCAUAUUGAUUGACAGCUGGUAUCAACCAAUCAGAAAAAAGCUUCCAUUCUGUGCCGAUCUGCUAUCAAACGCCCGCCAUAUUUUACCCACAAACAAACGCCGUUGUCCUUAGUUACCGUGUGGUGAAAAGCACAGAAAAUGGUAUUACGAUGCGCGUGGGGGACAUGCAAUGCUGACGAACGUUACCCUGAAAGACUGGAAGGAGGUUUUUUCGUCCGAUUUCCAACUGUCAAACGGAAUGAAGAAAAAUGCAAGCGCUGGAUUAAAGCUUGCGGUCGUCCCCAUGAGCAGCUAAAUUUAUCCAGAAUAAAUCAACACAAAGCUGUAUGUUCUAAGCAUUUUGUAGGAGGAAAAGGACCGAGCAGAGAAUAUCCUGACCCAGUGCCUGCAGACGGAGCCUGCCCCAAGCCAGUCAGGAAACCACCCCUGAAACGCCCAAGCCAGUACACUCCCUGCAUAUCGGAUAAAAAGCAGAGGUCAUCUCUUGUCGGAGAGAAUAUUGACAUACUAAACACCAGCAAGCCAUCCACCCAGUCGACUGCUUCAGUUCAGAUAUUGCUACCCAAUGACCAAGCAGAAAACAAGUCAACUGACUUCCUGAUGAACACAUCUACACAGACUGAUGAAACAUGGAUAUCAGCAAUGGACAUACUAGCUCUGGCAGCAGAGAAACAUGAUUUGGAGCAACAAUUACAAGACAAGUCAAGAGAAAUACGAGAGUUGAACAUCAAAGUGGCAUCACAUGAGAAGACAAUUCAGGAA